AAGCGGCGAUUGGCUGUGACGUGCUUGAAGAAAGCCAAGACGACAGGUUUUCAGGAAACGCCAGUAUUCCGUGACUGGGGGUGGAAGACGGUGCUUGGGAUUGCGUUUAUCAUUCUAUGGUGUUGUUGGUGGCAGAGCUGCCAUUGAGAAAGGCAGCUAUGAGGUGGUUUUUGGUAACUUUUAUUUUUGCAUUACCGCUGCAUGGUACGUAUUCCUCGAGUAGCCUUGAUGCUUCAGUCAAGCUUGAUAGCCUAGAUCCAAAAAAAUUGGAUUCCAUCCUGGAUGAGAAACUAGAACGCCUUCAGGUAGAUGUCCUUAGAAUGUAUCAGGAUCAGCUAAGAAAUCACCAAGAAAUGUUAAGUAAAGUAGAAAGACAAAAGAGACAAGUUUUAGAUCCUGUGGCAAUUCUUCCUCCUACUGAUUUAAGCCAUUCAUAUACUUUCGACACGGGAGUUGGGAACAGGGAAGUUGUUGUUGUAGACAGCUUUGAGUUUGCUGGAUACUUGGGAAGUCUGACAGUCACAAAUGUAUUUCCCCUGCAACUUUCAAAUCUAACGGCGAUAUAUAAGGCUCAAGAUGGCUUUGGGUAUAUCAUGGCAGAUGGUAUUCUACAAGUAGUAAAAGUUCGUAAUGAAUGGACAAAAACUACCAGCGGAUGUCGUUGUGACGGAUCUAGUCCUCCGGUCGGUCGCAGCCAUGAAAGCUGUGCCUGUUGUGUACGUAAUACCUGCCUUUGCACGUUUGCGUUAGGUUUCCAUGGAGAUUCGUGUGUUCCUUGUGGGACAGAGGCUCAAAAUUGUCCAGCAGCAGGUCCUAAGAAUUUGGAGUUGGAUGCUGCAGUUGGAUUUGAAUUUGUGGUACCCGUGACUGGUCUCAAGAGGAUUGUCAUUACUGCUAAAUCUACUGUGGUAUCCUUUUUUGAAUUUGAUGGUCAUGGCCUUCAAGUAGUACGAUCUGUAACAGGACUAAGCACUUUAACCUCUGUUCAUCCAGUGACACACUUGGGUUAUGGAGAGUCUUAUGUAAAUCAUUAUGGCCUUUUAAAGAAGAAAAGGUUUUUGAUCACGUUUUGUGGUGGUCAACAAGUUCAUCAGCUUCAUGAAUUAUCUGUGGGGUCUUCUGAGACUGCAAUAUCGGCUGGGCUUUCUACGAUAUGGCAAGCAACUGGCAGUGCUAUGAAAACAAGCCAGAGUGGUGGGAGGCUGAUGAUUACUGUUCUUGAUGGCGACAGACUUCAAGUUUAUGAACUAAAAGAGGACCUGUGGCGUGAGUUCAAGUUCUUGAGGAUCCAAAGGUUAAGUUUACUGAAUCCAAUAACAACUUGGGGCACUUUCAACACUGGAUUUGAAAAUUACUUAUUUUUAGUUUCUAAAACAUUGAUUAGAAUCUUUAUUCAGAGUGGACUAUAUUACAACAGCCUUACUACCAUUACUACUGACGAAGAUAUAUUAGGAUUUGAGAACCUGUUGGCCAUAAAUUUGAAGUCCUGUCGAAAUGAUGUGGUGCUGCUUGCAGGAUCUGGAUCUAGACUUGUGCUUUAUACAUUCAAUAGGACAUUUGUUCCAAUUACACUUCAGAAAGUGGCAGUUUUUAACGUGCAGUUUGAGAACACUUUGUGGAAUUCAAGUUAUGGCUACUUGCAAGAAAAUAGAUUGAGGCUAGUACUGCCUAGUCCAGAUAGACCAGUUUUAUAUGAUUUGGCUACCCAUUUGGAAGAGGUUGAGGAUUUAUCCUGGAGGGAGAAUUUAGUAGUUGCAAAUACUAUCAGGAAGUUUAAUGAUAGAUAUAGGCUUCAGGCUGCCAUAAAGGAUGCUGCAGAGGAAAGACUCUUGAAGAGUGUUGAUGUAAACUCCAACCACGAUAUUGGUAAUAUAAAUAUCACCAUUACACUCUCUCUUGUGAUAUCUCAGAGACUAGUCACUAAUGUAUUGGUGGCAAGAAAGUUAUCAUUGCCUGGUACAGAUAUUGGUGGCUCGAGCACCGAUGAUUAUGAUAGUUAUUUCAGGAGGUUGAAUAGCACAAAGAGGAGGGUGGAUUUAGUUUUAAAUCAACUGGGAGACAUUAAGAAGAAACUUGAUGGUGCUGUAAGUGGUCCAGUGAGUGGUGGUAAAGUAGGUGGAAUAUUAACCAUAAUAAACCCGGGUCAGAAUCUUCAAACAUUAAUUGCCGACAGCUUUAAUGUAAACAGUGCCAUUGAUAAGGAUGGGUCAGUGACUGUAUUAGAUAAAAUCUUUAGAAGCAUUGUAAGGUUGAACAGUAAUAGGCUUGUAAGCGGCUCGAAGAAUUUUGUGAAUGGACUUAUUACUGGUGAAAUUAACUUAAACUUUUUGGAUGACAUAUCAGUGAGUGAUUUGGUAACGGAGAGAGACGACCAGAAUAUUGAAGGGGCAGUUUAUUCUUCUAUAUUCUUUGCCAAGGAAAUAAAUUUGAAGCCUGGGGCAUCUAUUGCUGGGAUAGAUUUUGCAAAAGCUGUUGAACUUAACAGUGUGGCUAUCCUUGGUCACGCAAUAUCCCAGACUAUCGAAGUAGAAAACUUACUGAUAUCGGACAUUAUAAACGGGGUUGAUCUUCGGAAUUUAUUAGAGAAUGCGUUACUGUUAAGUGGCGGAGAAGUGACUGGAUCUUUGACAGUUAAUAGGGAAAUUUUAAUUUCUGUGCUCCAUGCAACAGAAAUUAUGGGUAUCGAGAUAGGCAGUUUCCUAAAAAAUGUUGUGUUCAAAGACAAAGAUUCAGUUGUGAAUGGCAAAUUCACUGUAGGAGGAAAAGUAGUUGUGGGAAAUGUCAGGAUUGAUGGGAAAAUAAAUAAUAAAAGUUUUGAUUAUCCAUUGAGGAAGAGCAGUUCCCCCAUUGUGUUCAGGGGACAGAAAAACUUCAUUAAUGUGAAGUUUGAUAAUUUGAAAUUUGGUCCACUGGGUAAUGUAGAUGGAAUUAAUCAAAGAAAUUUAAUCACCAAAUCUACCAGUCAGGUCAUUACAGGACACAAAGUAUUUGGUCAGGGGAUUCAAAUUGGACAGAACCUGGAGAUAAAGUCAAAAUUAUUAGACGGCGUUAAUCUUUCAGAAAUAAGUAAAGGAAAUGUACAAUUGCCAAUUACUGAUCCUUGGUUAUUUGAUUUAGUAUUUCUUGAUCAUGUAACUGUUCAGACUCUAGUGUACAGUGGUGUGAUUAAUGGCCUUGAUUUUUCUGCUCUGACCUCGGAUUUAAUUUACAAGAACUCUUCAGUAACAGUGAAUGGUAGGAAAAGAUUCCUUGGCAAGCUGUCCUUUACAAAUAUUCAAAUCAAUGGUCUCUUGAAUGGGGAGGACUUGAAUUCACUAAUUAUAUCUAGUAAAAAAAAUGUAAUUGGUGGCUCUAAAACUUUCAUAAAAUCUAGUUACUUUAAUACCAUUAGUUCAGUACUAGUAGAUGGUGUUGACCUGGUGAAAUUAGUAAGCUCGGCUCUAAAUAUCAGUAAAGAAGGCAAUAUUGUGACAGGAAAAAAGAUUUUCUCGCACUCUGUGUUCAUAAAUGCCUUAGAUCUAACUGGUAGACUUAAUAAUAUAGAUUUCAGCAAUGUAGUAACAAAGGACACCAAUCAGAAAUUCAUUGCUCAACAGAUCUUUUCCUCUGCAAACUUUAAUGAUUUAAAAGUACAAAGCAUGAAGUUAUCUGGAUACACACUUAACGGAAUAAAUAUACUAGAUUUGGCUUCCAGGAGGCUCUCUCUGAAAACCAGUGUUCCCCAUACUGGAACAUUAGUUGUAGAUGGUCCGGUUAGAGUAAUUGGAAACUUACUGGUUGAUAACAUAAAUGGUGUUAAUAUUCAGGAGGUUGAGAAAAAUAGCGUUGUAGAUAACGGGGACUCGUCAGUAAAUGGUCCAGUCAUUAUUCAAAACCUUGCAGCAGGUGGAUCUAUUACUACUCUUAAUGGUAGAGGAGCCAAUGGCAUAAGUCUACAUGACACCUUCUUAAGAGCAGCGAAACUGACUAAGGACAAUAAGUUCCUUGGAGCAGUUAACUUGGCAGAUGUGGAAAUUAAUGGACCGAUAAACGUUAGUCGUCUCGUGAAUGGUGUCAAUCUGGGAGCUUUAAGGGAUGAUGCAGUAUACAUUAACAGUCGUGUAGCUGUUACUGGUAACAAACUGUUCCUGAAUGGCUUCAAUGUAAAAGGAAACUUUAAUUCAGCCACUACCAAUGGCAUAGAUCUGUCUACCAGACUAUUCACCCUGAAUACUGACCAGCAUAUCAGUUCAAACUACUACUUUGAGAACAUUGUAGUAAAGAAAAAUGUUCUUUUUAUUGGAAGAUUCAGAGAUAUUGACCUAAGGAACUUGACGAAUGUGGUUACAAAUGGUCCAUCGAGAUAUGGUUCAGUAAACUUCAAUGGUAACUUGAAGGUUUCAGAUCUAAUAAUUGAUGGAACCUUAAAUGGUAGGAAACUUGUGGCCUUAUUUUCCGAUGGAAUUCCAAUAAAAGACAGUGCUGUGUUUAUAACUGGUAAAAAAUCUUUUACAACCACGGCACAGUUUAAAAGCCUGAAUGUUAGGAGGCUUAAUAAUUUGAGCGUGGGAGAUAUUUUGAGCAAUGCUAUUCUGCGCAACGCUGACAAAGUGGUCAUUAGACCUUGGACAAUAAAUGGGAUUCUGACUGCUCCAUGGGUAACAGCCGAGGAUCUUCUCGUCGAGGGAUCUGUAGACCGUGUAGACUACCUGGCUUUACUUCGUGAUGCAGUUUAUGUUAACAGACAACAAAACUUGCAAACCGAAUUGAUCUUUGAGGAAAAUUUAGUGGUCAACGGAAAUGUAGUAGCAGCUUUCUUGAAUGGAAGAAGCCUCCUCAAAGACUAUUUGACACUUCAUACUGAACAGUCCAUACUGGUGAACUCUCACUUGGCAACAAUUUUCUCAUCGUUUGUUGAAGUUGGUAGCACGGUCAAUGGCAUAUAUUUGCCUGAUCUGAAGGACUUGACCAUGCAGGUAAUUGGUGGCCAGAUGAUAACUGGAACAACAACUAUUAAAGGAACAACUGUAGUUCUAGGGAACAUAGAAGUAACUGGAAAAACUGGCAGAGAAGUGAAGGUAGAUCUUAAUUUGGAAACCAUAGAUUUGUCUACUGGAGGUGAAAUAAGAGGUUUGAGAUGGUCUUCUGCACUGACUACAUCCUUGCGUUCUUCUGUAUAUUUGAUUAAUGGCAUAGAUAUAGCUGCCUUGUAUAAAAGUGCCGUGUUUAAGGAUCUUUCUUCUACCAUUACUGCUCGGCUAUUGUUUACACAGAGCGUUACUUUUAAGCUUGGACUGGUGGUCUCUGGAAGAGUAGAUGUGCUAGAUAUUGGCAGUUUAUACAACAGCACAUCUCUAAUUCUCUCAGGGUUUGGUAGUGCUACAGCAGUAAUAAAAGAUGAAUAUGCCAGUAUGUGUAACUCGAUUGUGACACUGUAUGACCAGCUGGAAGAUUCGCUUUAUGAGGGAGACUGCUUUGAAUUUGUCUACACUGAAUUUUUCACGGAGCUAAGGCAUUCAUCCUUUACGUUUAAUGCUUUUGGCCUUACAUACCUUAUUGUAAGCUACGAGAACCAGUGUUAUUCAGAAGUGUAUAUUUGGAGCAACACUACACGCACUUUUAAAUUCUACCAGUCCUUGUCUGCAAGUGGUUAUGUACAUAACUGGGUACAUGCAGUAACUGAAGACAAGAAGAUAUUCCUAGCAUCAGCUGCAUCUGCAACGGGAAACCAUUGUAAUAACCAGAAUUCAUCUAUUUGGGUAGUCUUUGAAAACAGUAUCCAGAAAGUGCAAAUUUUGUCACCUGGAGAGACUGUCUCAAAGGGAUUCCUUGCCGAUAAGCACAGUUUAAGUAUACAUUCUUCUAACUUCACAAUAACUUACGUGUAUGAUUCCUCAAAGUCCUACUGGAAGGAAGUUUCCCACUCUGAAAGAUUUGAAAUUUCAGUGCAUGCUCUGAAUGAAGAAGGAAUUUCUGUAUCAUUCAAAAGUAACAAAGGAGUUUGUGAAAUAUGGGUUGGAGGAACAGCAAGGAAAACCCUGGAAAUUGGGUUUGCCAUAAAAGAUGCAGUCUUGGUUAAUCACCAUCAUCGUGUAAUCUUAUUUGUUGUGGUGACAGUGCAGAACCCUCAAGGUCCUACCCAUGAGUUGAGGGCGUAUGAAAUUGAUGAUGGUAACUUGCUGUGGCUUGAUACAGCAAUUCUAAGUACACCUGGAGAGCUGGCAGUAUUUUUUGUCGGCAAUGAAGCUUGCAGAGCAAUUUACAUUGCUGUUACCCAGGAGACCCUAUUUCCAGUCAUAUAUAACUUCUUUGGUGAAACGUUAAGUAUGUGGACACAAAUGAUGGUACCAGGUACAACUUGGGUAGAGCACUUCAGUGUAGAAAAUAGUCGCUUCCCACGAAUCUUGGAUAAUUACUUGAUCUUUGGUAGAGAUGACAAAAGUGCUCUAGUGUAUUAUCUUAAAAUGAGGGGCUCAACUGUUCCAAAGAUUGAAAAUUCUUGUGUAAUAGAGGAAUUUACAAGGCCGGUGUUGAAGCCCAAGGUUUUUAUAUACAAUCGAAGCUAGUCAGUUUUACAUUUUAAGAAACCUUGUAAAUAUGUAAUAUAAGCUGUUGUACGUAUCAUAGGAAGAAUAAAAAUUGUGAUUUUUG